UAAGCUCGUCUUCAUCCACAUCCACCCCUCAGAGCUCUCUCUCUUCUUCCUCUGUCUACCUUAACCGUCGGAGGAGUCGAUGGAGUUCCAUGAGACGACCUGUGGCUCCGCCAUACCACCCAGCGAGGAGGAGAUGGACCUGCGGAGGGGGCCGUGGACUGUGGAGGAGGACGUUGUUCUGGUCGAUUACAUCGCUGUUCAUGGCGAGGGGCGUUGGAAUUCUCUGGCUCGUUGCGCAGGACUCAGAAGAACAGGGAAGAGUUGCCGGCUGCGGUGGCUCAACUAUCUUCGGCCCGACGUCCGCCGCGGCAACAUCACCCCGGAGGAGCAACUCCUCAUCCUCGAACUCCACUCUCGGUGGGGCAACCGGUGGUCCAAGAUAGCGCAGCACCUGCCGGGGAGGACCGACAACGAGAUAAAGAACUACUGGCGGACGAGGGUGCAGAAGCACGCGAAGCAGCUCAAAUGCGACGUCAACAGCAAGCAGUUCAAGGACGUGAUGCGGUACCUGUGGAUACCCCGCCUCGUGGAACGAAUCCGGGCGGCCUCCGGAAACUCCACGGUCUCUCCGGCCACAAGCCACCGGCCAGAAGACCCCGCCACGGAGCUCGCCAGGGUGAAGCUGAGCUCGGAGACCUCGAGCGCGGCCGGCUCGUCCUCGUCGGACUCGUUCGGGAUGCACUACUUCUCGCCGCCUCGGGUCUCCGACGGCUUCCCCACCGCCAGCAUGCAGGGAUGUGAGGAUAACAAAGGUGACGUGACCGGGCCCACCAAGCUGAGCUCGGAAACCUCGAGCGCGGCCGGCUCGUCCUCGUCGGACUCGUUCGGGAUCCACUACUUCUCGCCGCCUCGGGUCUCCGACGGCUUCCCCGCCGCCAGCAUGCAGGGAUGUGAGGAUAACAUCGGUGACGUGACCGGGCGCACCGACUUCACUACUGCCUGCUGGUCCGAGUCCCUGCCGAGCUCCAACUCCGGCGGUUACGCCGACCUGGGGUUGACCAACUUGGACCAAGACGUGUGGUGGGACGACCUGUGGAGCGCGGAGAACAUAUGGCUGCAGCAGCAGUUCUGAGAAAGAGGUAGACGGAACAAGCAGUCCUUGUGCCCAAACCAUAUUGAGCAUAGAUUUGCAGCAGCGAAGAGAAGAAGAAACAAUUCUAUUCAUAUUUCUUUCUGCCAUAGAAAGAUCGAAUCAAAUAUUGGCACUGUCAAUGAGAUAGACCGUCUCAUUUAACAGUGCAUGCAACGCAACAGUAAUGGCAUGUUAGAGAGAGAGAGAGAGAGAGAGAUUGCUUUUGGUGGGAGCUGAUACAUUAAGUUGCUAAUCUGCACAUUGAAAUCUUUGAACUGCUCUUUUAGCGCAUGGUUAUGAUGGAUUAGCGAGAGCUAAUGCUGGAUUUACAUGUCCA